UGGUGAACAUAUUUGAGAAGGCGUCCAAUUCCAAAGAUUUCAAUCAGAACACAGUUUUCCUCUCAUCAUUAUUAAGAGAGGACUUUUGAUAUCAGUAUUCCAUCUGUCUUUCUCAAAUGGUUCAGAGAAGUCGCAUACAAGUCUUCUUGCUUCCUGGCAGUCUGCCAUUGGCGGAAUCCAGAACAGGUGUUGGCUGUGACUGCGCAGGCACAGAGAAUGCCACCUGGCUAAGUCUACGACCACCAAUAAAAGGUGAGAAAUAGCUGGAGUCGUUCCACAGAGCUCAGAGGAUCACCCUAGUGUGCAUUUGCCUCAGUGUUUCUGCCUGACGUGAUCAUGAAGACAACGUUAGUUCUCUUCGGCUUCUUCCUGGCCUUGGCGCAGUGCCAGAUCACCGAACUGACGAAACGUGGAAGCGACGAUUCUGGGGAUACACAAGUUUCAAAAGUUAAGGUUAAACCUAAUUGCAAACCAACUGAUGCAUGCACUCGUAAUGGUGGCUAUUGCAUCGAAAAUAGGAAGAAAGGAGACUGCGACGGACUCCUCUUUCCAAAUGAAUGCAAAACACCCUUAUGUUCCUGCUGUGUAAAAGUGAAACUGGAUGAAUGCGCAGCAGGGAACGACAAUUGCCCCACCAACUCAGAAUGCCAGGAUAAAGAAAUAGGCUACGAAUGCGCUUGCAAUGCAGGCUUUGAGCAAUGUGGAGAUACAAAUGAAUGUGACAGCAAUCCCUGUGGGCCAAACUCCCAGUGCCAGAAUACACAUGGAAGUUAUGAGUGUGUCUGCAAUGCUGGGUACGAAUCAGUCAACGGAGCUUGUGCUGAUAUCAAUGAAUGUGAUUCGAGUCCUUGUGAUCCCAACGGCGUCUGCUCCAACAGCCCUGGAAGUUUCAGCUGCAGCUGCAGUGAAGGAUACGAUUUCAGUGGGGGAUCUUGUGUGGACAUCGAUGAAUGUUUGAGCAGUCCAUGUCCAGAUGUCUCCGUGUGCAUGAACGCGCCUGGAAGUUACCAGUGUCAGUGUCCUCCUGGUUACAGCUUGACCCCAGGAGGUUGUGUUGAUAUCGAUGAUUGCACUUCUGUCACUUGCCCUGCGCACCAAUUUUGUUGGGAUGAACUCCUGGGUUAUGAUUGUACUUGCUACGCUUGUGCUGAGCGAUGCCAAUAUGGUGCAGUUUUCGUCAAGGAAUGCAAUUCUUGCUUAAAGCUCAUUUCUGGAAAUAUGACCUUUUCUGAAGCACAGCUACGUUGUAGGCAAGACUUCCUUUUCCUACUUGAUGUACGCAGCGAUAAAGACUUUCCGCUGGUGACUUCAUAUCUCUUGUCUGGCAUUUCGGAUAUGGCCUGGAUUGGACGAAACCGUAACUACCAUGGCUCUCUUCAAGGUCGAUGCUUCGGUCUGACCCCGACCAGUAACUUGCCUGGGGCUAUGAGUGUGCCCUGUAAUUCCAAGCUCAAAUACGCUGUUUGUGUUGCAUAUAGGUACUAUUAGUUUGAGCAAUAUGCAAAGUGUUCCAAGUUGUCAAACAAAUUCUUUUCUGCAAAAACUAUUAUAUUUGACCAAUCUUAAAGGUGUUUUUAGAAUUGUAAAACAAUUUCUUAUCUACAAGGCACAUUUAGAUUUGAGCAAUCACCAACGUGUUUUUGAAGUUGAAGCAAUAAAGUUUUACCUGCAAGGGACUUUUAGAUUUGGUGAAUCUUCAAGGUUUUAAACUUGCAAAACAAAUUUAGAUUUGGUCAUUCUUCAAGGUGUUUUGAAUGUUGCAAAGAUAUUCUUUUCUGCAAAUAACUUUUAGGUUUCACCACUAUUUAAGGUGUUUUUAAAGUUGUUAAACAAAUUUUUAUCUUCAGGUUUGACCAAUCUUC